AUGUGGCAGCUGCUGGUGGUCCUGUGCCUGGCCCAGGGGCUGGGUGACACCGUCCUGCUUGCUGGAGUGGUCCACAACAACCCCGAGCAGUUCAUGAACAUCAGCCAGAAGAUCCGUUUCCAUGGAUAUCCCAGUGAGGAGUACGAUGUGCUGACGGAGGAUGGCUACUUCCUCAGCCUCAACCGGAUUCCCCACAGCAAGGGGGAUGCGGGGCACUCAGGAUCCAGGCCACCUGUGUUGAUAGUGCAUGGGUUCAGUUUAGAUGGUGGUGACUGGGUGGACAACCUUCCCAACAGCAGCUUGGGCUUCAUCCUCGCAGAUGCGGGUUACGACGUCUGGAUCGGAAACAGCCGGGGCAACAGCUGGUCCCGCCAGCACCUGAACCUUUCUGUUGACCAAGAGGAGUUUUGGGAUUUCAGCUUCCACGAGAUGGCCGUGUACGACCUCCCUGCCAUGGUGGGCUUCAUCCUAAGGCAAACCAGGCAUGAGAAACUGUUCUACAUCGGCCACGCUCAGGGCAACUCUCUGGGUUUCAUAGCGUUUUCGAGCAUGCCACAGCUGGCUGAGAAAAUCAAACUCUUCUUUGCACUGGCUCCUCUCUACACUUUUCAUCAUGUCAAAGGCCCCGUGUUAAAGCUAGCAUUUUUACCAGAUGCGGUGCUGAAGGCAAUAUUUGGAACAAAGCAGCUGACUCUGGUGGGGAGGAAGGAGAGAGCCAUCCUUGCAAAGACAUGCAGCAACCUGCUAACAGCUGAAGUCUGUGAAAAUGAGAUCUUCCUUAUUGGCGGGUACAACAAGAAGAACUUGAACGUGAGCCGACUGGAUGUAUACCUAGCUCAUUUUCCAGACUAUACAUCAGUAAAAACUCUUCUCCACUGGGGACAGACUGCCAAAACCGGGGACUUCAAGCAGUUUGACUACGGGGUGAAGAACCAGGAGAAGUACAACCAGACCACUCCCCCCUUCUACAGGAUAGAAGACAUGACGGUGCCAACCGCCCUGUGGAGCGGCGGGGAGGACUGGGUGAACCCCCCACUGGAGACCCAGCGCUUGCUGCCCCGCAUCACCAACCUCGUUCGUCACGAGCACUUCCCCGACUGGAACCACUUUGACCACCACUGGGGUCGGGACGCCCCUCAGCGCAUGUACAGGCAGAUUGUCGCUCUGAUGGAGCAAAAUCCAUGA